AUGAUUACAGAGAAGGAUAAACUAAUCACUUCAUAUUUAUCUUUUCGUGGAUUAUAAAAACAACACAUUGAUUCAUUCAAUUACUUUAUAGAAUAGAGAUUAGAAUAGAUAGUGAAAUCUCCUUUGAAUUAGAGAAUUACUUGUGAAAGUGAUUCAUCUUUCCUUUUGGAGUAAUAAAAGCUCAUCAUAAGCAUCUAGAUAUUUAUCAAUAAGAGUAGAAAAUCCAACAUUCACCAGUAGUUGGGAUAAAUACUCUUUGAAAAGUCUCUUAUAUCCUCAUGAAUGUAGAUUAAACGAUUAGACAUAUGCAGGAAAUAUAUAGUAAGAAAUAUUCAAAUUUAAAUAGUGUGAAUGUACGUAUUCAUAUGAAGGGUAGAGAGCCAAUUGAAGAAAAAGACAUACUAAUUGGAAGAAUGCCAAUAAUGUUGGGAUCUAAAAAAUGUAAUUUAUCAGGUAAAACUGAAUAAGAGAUUUUUUAAUAUGGAGAAUGUCCAUAUGAUCCAAAAGGUAAGAAUAUUAUUAUUUAGAUUUUUAGGAUAUUUUAUUAUUGAAGGCAAUGAAAAAGUUAUACUAAUAUUAGAAUAGAUUGUUGAUAAUAGAAUUAUUGUUGAUAUUGAUAAUAAGACAGAUUAAUAUGUGUCUACAGUUUAAUCUUAUCAAUUAGAAACUAAAUCAAAAGCAUCAAUAAUUUUAAAAAAGAAUAAAUUUUAUGUGAAAUCUUCAAGUUUUAAAGAUGCUCCUCUUUUUAUUGUAUUUAAAGCAUUAGGUAUUGUUAAUGAUAAAGAGAUUAUUGAAUUAAUUGGAACUGAACCAAGUAUAGUAGAGAAAUUAUUAAUGAGUUUUUAGGAUACAUCAGAUGAAAAAGUUAAAACAUAAUAAGAUGCAUUAUAAUAUAUUGGAAAAUUAAUUACUAGUAAAUUUGGUGGUCAAUCAUCUAAUUAAGCAGAAUAAGCCAGAGAAAAAUUAGCAUAAGUCUUUUUGGCACAUGUUAAUUGCAAAAAAUAUGAUUUCUAUCCUAAAGCUAUAUAUCUAGGAUAAAUGGUUAGAAGAUUAAUAUUAGCAAUGGAAGAUAAAAGAUUUGUUGAUGAUAAAGAUUAUUAUGGAAAUAAAAGAAUGAGAUGUGCAGGAAAUCUUCUUGAAUUAUUAUUUGAAGAUUUAUUUAAAGGAUUAAAUUCAACUAUAUCUAGUAUACUCAAAAAGGAAUUAGGUAAAGCUAAUUGUAAAUUCACUCCUAAAGAUGUUACUAUGAAAAUGAAAGAAUUUGGAGUAGAUAUCACUAAAGGAUUAAAUAGAGCAAUUAAAACAGGAAAAUGGACUAUUUAAAGAUUUCAUAUGGAUAGAUAAGGAGUUACAUAAUUAUUAGCUAGAAUAUCAUAUACAUCUGCUCUUGGUAUGUUAACUAAAAUGAGAAGUCAAGUCUAAAAAACACUUAAAGUUAGUGGACCAAGAGCUUUAGUUGGAUCUUAAUUUGGAAUGAUUUGUCCUGCAGAUACUCCUGAUGGUGAAGAUUGUGGUUUAGUUAAGACUUUAGCAUUAUUAACACAUAUAACUUAAGAAGAUAUAUAAGAUAGUGUUUAUAAAAUUAUAUUAACAAUGGGAGUAGAAGAUAUAUGUCAUUUUAAACCAAGUGAAUUUCAUAAAAAUUAUAUUGUUUAUUUAAAUGGUAUUAUAGUGGGAAUGCAUGCUAGACCUUAAACUUUUGUUGAUUAAUUAAGAAUAUUAAGAAGGAGAGGUAAGAUUAAUGAAUUUGUUUCAAUACAUAAGGAUGAUUUAAGGAAAGUUGUAAAUAUAUCUGGUGAUAGUGGUAGAUUAGUUAGACCAUUGAUUCUUGUAAAAGAUGGUAAACCUUAAUUAACUUAAAUUGAUAUGAUUGAUUUCAAGUAGAAUGAUGCAAAAACUGUAUUUUCAAAUUAUGUUAAAAAUGGGAAGAUAGAAUAUUUAGAUGUUAAUGAAUCUGAUAAUGCAUUUAUUGCAUUAACUAUAAAUGAUGUUACAAUUGAGACUACUCAUUUAGAAAUAGAUUAAAUGACAAUUCUUAGUUGUGUAACUGGGUUAGUUCCAUUUCCACNUUAAUGAGUUUUUAGGAUACAUCAGAUGAAAAAGUUAAAACCUAAUAAGAUGCAUUAUAAUAUAUUGGAAAAUUAAUUACUAGUAAAUUUGGUGGUUAAUCAUCUAAUUAAGCAGAAUAAGCCAGAGAAAAAUUAGCAUAAGUCUUUUUGGCACAUGUUAAUUGCAAAAAAUAUGAUUUCUAUCCUAAAGCUAUAUAUCUAGGAUAAAUGGUUAGAAGAUUAAUAUUAGCAAUGGAAGAUAAAAGAUUUGUUGAUGAUAAAGAUUAUUAUGGAAAUAAAAGAAUGAGAUGUGCAGGAAAUCUUCUUGAAUUAUUAUUUGAAGAUUUAUUUAAAGGAUUAAAUUCAACUAUAUCUAGUAUACUCAAAAAGGAAUUAGGUAAAGCUAAUUGUAAAUUCACUCCUAAAGAUGUUACUAUGAAAAUGAAAGAAUUUGGAGUAGAUAUCACUAAAGGAUUAAAUAGAGCAAUUAAAACAGGAAAAUGGACUAUUUAAAGAUUUCAUAUGGAUAGAUAAGGAGUUACAUAAUUAUUAGCUAGAAUAUCAUAUACAUCUGCUCUUGGUAUGUUAACUAAAAUGAGAAGUCAAGUCUAAAAAACACUUAAAGUUAGUGGACCAAGAGCUUUAGUUGGAUCUUAAUUUGGAAUGAUUUGUCCUGCAGAUACUCCUGAUGGUGAAGAUUGUGGUUUAGUUAAGACUUUAGCAUUAUUAACACAUAUAACUUAAGAAGAUAUAUAAGAUAGUGUUUAUAAAAUUAUAUUAACAAUGGGAGUAGAAGAUAUAUGUCAUUUUAAACCAAGUGAAUUUCAUAAAAAUUAUAUUGUUUAUUUAAAUGGUAUUAUAGUGGGAAUGCAUGCUAGACCUUAAACUUUUGUUGAUUAAUUAAGAAUAUUAAGAAGGAGAGGUAAGAUUAAUGAAUUUGUUUCAAUACAUAAAGAUGAUUUAAGGAAAGUUGUAAAUAUAUCUGGUGAUAGUGGUAGAUUAGUUAGACCAUUGAUUCUUGUAAAAGAUGGUAAACCUUAAUUAACUUAAAUUGAUAUGAUUGAUUUCAAGUAGAAUGAUGCAAAAACUGUAUUUUCAAAUUAUGUUAAAAAUGGGAAGAUAGAAUAUUUAGAUGUUAAUGAAUCUGAUAAUGCAUUUAUUGCAUUAACUAUAAAUGAUGUUACAAUUGAGACUACUCAUUUAGAAAUAGAUUAAAUGACAAUUCUUAGUUGUGUAACUGGUUUAGUUCCAUUUCCACAUCACAAUCAAAGUGCACGUAAUACAUUUUAAUGUCAAAUGGGUAAAUAAUCUUUAGGUAUAAUUGGAAUGAAUACAUAAAUAAGAAGUGAUACAUAAUUAUAUCAAUUAAUAUAUCCACAAACACCUUUAGUUCGUACUGUGUCUAUGGAAGCUGUCAAUCAACAUAGAUUACCUGCUGGACAUAAUGCUUAAGUAGCAGUAAUGAGUUAUUCAUGUUAUGAUAUUGAAGAUGCAUUAAUAAUGAACAAAUCUUCUUUAGAUAGAGGAUUUGGUAGAACUGCAGUCUAUAAAAAAUCAGUUACUGAAUGUGAAAUCAAUUAAAGAAAUAAGGAAAGUAGAUUUAAUGAGAGAAUUGAUGAACCACCAACUAAAACACAUAAUACAAAAAAGAAAUUUAUUAAGAAAUAUCAUGCUCUUGAUAGUGAUGGUAUAACUAAAGUAGGUGCAUAAUUACAUCAUGGAGAUAUAUAUGUUAAUAAAAAGACACCUUAAGUUCCAGAUAAUCCUUAAAUUGAAAAUAUAUAAAUAGCAGAUACUCCAUCUGUAUUUAAAGAAAAGUGGCCAUAUACUGUAGAUAGAGUAUUAAUUAUUAAUAAUACUAAUGAUGGAACUGAAAAAAUAAAAACAGUAAAAACAAUCUUUAGAUAAAUAAGAAGACCUGAAUUUGGUGAUAAAUUUUCAAGUCGUCAUGGUCAAAAAGGUGUUGUUGGUCUUAUUGUUAAUUAAGAAGAUAUGCCUUUUAAUGAAAGAGGAUGGUGUCCUGAUUUAAUUAUGAAUCCUCAUGGUUAUCCAUCUAGAAUGACAAUUGCUAAAUUAAUGGAACUAUUAUGUGGUAAAUUGGGAGCUUUGGAAGGUAAAUUUAAAUAUGGUAC